AUCAUUCAGUCUUCGGCAGAUUGAGAGACACACAAACAACUACAAUGUUCAAGCUGAUUCUUGUUACCCUCGCCACUGUGGCGCUUGCCUCUGGCAAACCCAGCUUUGGAUACGCUCCUCUAGCCUACAGUGCUCCUAUCGCCGCCACCUACUCAUACAGCGCCCCAGCCUUCUCUAGCGCAGCUAUUGCUGCCCCCGCUGUUGCUGCACCCGCUCUCACCUCCGUUGCUGCUCCUGCUGUUGCGCACCAAAUCCACACACCAGCCGUCCAUGUACCAGCCGUCCACGCACCAGCCGUCCCCGCACCAGCCGUCCACGCACCAGCCGUCUCCGCUCCAGUUGUUGCUGCUCCCGCCGUCACCGCUCCCGUCGUCGCCGCUCCAGCGUACACUGCCACGGCCUACACCGCCCCAGCCUACACCGCCCCAGCCUACACGGCCCCAGCCUACACUGCCCCAGCCUACACCGCCCCAGCUUACACCGCCCGAACUUACGCAGCCCCAGUAUACACCGCCCCAGCAUAUACUGCCCCGGUUUACGCUGCCCGUACAUACGCCGCCCCAACUUACGCUGCCGCAUAUACCGCCCCAGCGUACACUGCUCCAGCCGUGACCACCGCUGCCCUUGCUGCUCCAGUAUACACUGCUCCAGCCGUGACUACCGCCGCCGUGGCCGCCCCAGCAUAUACUACCCCUCUUGCCUACUCAACUUACGGAGCUUCAGCUGCCUACCCCGUGUCGUCCUACGGAGCCUACUCGUACCCUAGCUACUACUCCAACUACGCUGCGUACUCUCCCCUGACCUACAGCAGCUACUGGAGCCCCGCUUCCCUCUACUACAAGAAGAAGUGAACAGUUUAAGCUGUUGUCUCUCAAAUAGUCAUGAUGAUUGAUGUGAUAGUAUGGAAAUAAAAAAAAACUUAGCAUA